UCUUCUCUCGCCUCGUCAGAUGCAGCUGACGCAAGCAGCAGCUUCCUCCACGUAGGCAGGAGCGCGAAUCUAGUCAGCAACGGCGUCAUCCGCGUAGACAGCAGCAGAAUAGAGAGCGAGGUGGAAUUCGCAGCAGACAGAAGGCUGACAGGAGCAGAAGCGGGUGUGGGGUUACCAGGAGCAGAAGCAGACAGACAGCAGGGAAGAGCAGAAGCAGAAGCGGAUGGUGGGGGAUUAGUAAGAGCAGCGGCAGGAGAGGAUGGAACCGGAUUAGAACGAGCAGCGGAGGUCAGAUGGCGGGCGGAGAGGCAGUUGAUGAUCGCAUCGAGAGCAGCGGCCGCAGGGGGGUGGGUGGGGGCACUGGAAAGGCCGAGAGUGGCAGGAAACGUGAGCGCGUUUGAUUCGACUCAAAAGAACGUGGGUGUUAACGUGGCAGGGAGUGUGCGUGCCAACGUGGCAGGGAACGUGGGUGCCAGCGUGGCAGGGAACGUGCAAAGGAACGUGGUUGCUGCUGCGUUGAGGAGCAGGAAGCUGGCGGCCGCAAAGCUGCCGUCACAGAAAGGCUUCGUGAGCAUAGACUGCGGCUACAUGGGUUCCGCUGGCGCAAGCAAUCUCGGUCUCAAGUGGUUACCAGACACGGCAGCGCCGGGCGGCAGUGUGGCGGUGAUCACCCGCGUGCCAGACGAACUGGUGGGGCUGGUCACAGUGGAGCAGACUCUGAGGGUGUUUGACGAUGGGAAGCCCUCCAACUGCUACCACGUCCCUCUCGUGGCUCCAGGCCGCUACCUGGUGCGUCUCACCUUCUGGUACGGCAACUACGAUGGCAAGAACAUGCCGCCCGUUUUCAACGUCACGGUCGGCACUGCGUCCCUAGGCCAGUAUACGCCGUCAAACGACCAGAUUUUUGUACUGGAGGUGAUAGUAACGGUGCCAGCGCCCACCAUGACCAUCUGCCUCGUGCGCGUGGCGGCCGACCCCAUCAUCAACGCCAUUGAGAUCCGCCCGCUCCCUGCCUCCCUCCCUGCUCGCCAGUACACGCCAUCCAACGACCAGAUUCUGGUGCUGGAGGUGAUAGUAACGGUGCCAGCGCGCACCAUGGCCAUCUGCCUCGUGCGUGUGACGGCCGACCCCAUCAUCAACGCCCUCGAGAUCCGCCCGCUCCCUGCCGGUGCUUAUAACGCGAGUGACUAUAGCGAGCAGGUGCUGCUGAACUACUGGAGGCUCACUUGUGCUGGCGACUCGUUCUUUGUGGGCUCUUAUCGGUACCCCGAUGACCCACUCGAUCGCGUGUGGUAUGCAGACAUGCCUCUUUUUGGGGACCCUGCUCCUGGCACCUACACCUACAUCCCCUCAGCCGCCUCUGUAGCGGUUGCCAGCACCAAUGUGGUCAUCCCUGCCAGCAUGAGCAGCAAUGCCGUGCCUCAGUUUGUGGUGCAGAAGGCGAGGACGACUAAGGGCGCGCAGGGGCUGACUUACCGCUUCUAUGGGCUGGCUCCGGGGAAGUACCAGGCAUACCUCUAUUUCACUGACAUCAUUCCUCCGACUGUUACCCCCGCCGCCAGCAACACCAGCAGCAUCCCAUCAGCCGACCUCCUCCUGGCCAUCCUCAUCAACGGCUCUCCUCUCCUGCGCAACGCCCCCGCCCUGCCCUCCGCUCCCAACGGGCACUGGAACAAACACACAGCUGACUGCUCAGCUUCUGAAUUUGCCUAUCUCUAUUUCACAGACAUAAUUGCUCCUACCGGUAAUGUCGCCAACACCAAUGCCAACUCAAGUACCCCAUCAGCCGACCUCCUCCUGGCCAUUCUCAUCAACGGCGCGCCUCUCCUGCGCAACGCCCCCGCCCUGCCCUCUGCCGCUAACCGCCAGUGGAACAAAAACACCGCCGGGCAGCUCAGCUUCGCUUUUGACGUUGUUGGGGCAGCUGAAGGGGCAGGUGGAAACGCGACGGCGAAAGCGCAAGGGGCCGGGCAAGGUAACGGGCAGCAGCAGGGGCCGCAGGGAACGGUGGCGGAAACGAGUAUACAGCUAAAGGCAGAGGAGGGGAGUAGGGUGAAGGAGGUGGGGCUGGCUGGGCUCGAGCUGUAUACUGUGGUGGAGCCAAAGGCUGCUGUGCCAAAAGAGCAAGUCAGUCAUGAUGUUGAUGUUGAUGUGCUGAGUUGUGUUGUUGCCAAGUCAAGUCAUGCUGCUGACGUGCUGAGUCAUGAUGCUGACGUGCUGAGUCAUGUUGUUGACCUGCUGAGUCAAGCUGCUGACGUGCAGAGUCAUGCUGUUGACGCACUGAGUCAUGUUGUUGACGCACUGAUUCAUGCUGUUGACGUGCUGAGUCAUGCUGUUGACGUGCUGAGUCAUGCUGUUGACGUGCUGAGUCAUGCUGUUGACGUGCUGAGUCAUAAUGCUGACGUGCUGAGUCAUGCUCUUGACGUGCUGAGUCAUAAUGCUGAUGUGCUGAGUCAUGCUGUUGAUUUGCUGAAUCAUGUACUUCAUCUGCUGGUUCAUGCUGUUGACCUGCUGAGAAGCUUCCUCUGCAUCACUCAGAAUCUAACCCACCUCAACAUCUCCGGUCCUUUCUCAGCCUGCAUCUCCGAGCUUACCACACUGCAGACUCUCUGGAUGGAUCACAACCAGCUACAAGGCUCCAUCCCGCACCUCCUCCCUCUUUCCCUCAUUCUCCCUCAAGCUCAACAACAACAAGCUGUCAGGGCUCGUCCCCGCCCCCCUCGCUGCUCUGCCUCUGACAUCUCCUCCAAUGCCCUGUCCUGUCGUCUCCACGUUCUCUCUAAUGUUCCCCCUCCCCCCCUCUCUCUUCCCCCACCCCGUGUGUCAACCAGUAAGCUCAACAACAACAAGCUGUCAGGGCCUGUCCCCGCCUCCCUGGCUGCUCUGCCCAACCUUGAGACGUCUCAAGACGGGCGCCUGAACGUGCAUGCUAGUUUUGAGACGUCUCAAGACGGGCGCCUGAACGUGCAUGCUAGUUUUGAGACGUCUCAAGACGGGCGCCUGAACGUGCAUGCUAGUUUUGAGACGUCUCAAGACGGGCGCCUGAACGUGCAUGCUAGUUUUGAGACGUCUCAAGACGGGCGCCUGAACGUGCAUGCUAGUUUUGAGACGUCUCAAGACGGGCGCCUGAACGUGCAUGCUAGUUUUGAGACGUCUCAAGACGGGCGCCUGAACGUGCAUGCUAGUUUUGAGACGUCUCAAGACGGGCGCCUGAACGUGCAUGCUAGUUUUGAGACGUCUCAAGACGGGCGCCUGAACGUGCAUGCUAGUUUUGAGACGUCUCAAGACGGGCGCCUGAACGUGCAUGCUAGUUUUGAGACGUCUCAAGACGGGCGCCUGAACGUGCAUGCUAGUUUUGAGACGUCUCAAGACGGGCGCCUGAACGUGCAUGCUAGUUUUGAGACGUCUCAAGACGGGCGCCUGAACGUGCAUGCUAGUUUUGAGACGUCUCAAGACGGGCGCCUGAACGUGCAUGCUAGUUUUGAGACGUCUCAAGACGGGCGCCUGAACGUGCAUGCUAGUUUUGAGACGUCUCAAGACGGGCGCCUGAACGUGCAUGCUAGUUUUGAGACGUCUCAAGACGGGCGCCUGAACGUGCAUGCUAGUUUUGAGACGUCUCAAGACGGGCGCCUGAACGUGCAUGCUAGUUUUGAGACGUCUCAAGACGGGCGCCUGAACGUGCAUGCUAGUUUUGAGACGUCUCAAGACGGGCGCCUGAACGUGCAUGCUAGUUUUGAGACGUCUCAAGACGGGCGCCUGAACGUGCAUGCUAGUUUUGAGACGUCUCAAGACGGGCGCCUGAACGUGCAUGCUAGUUUUGAGACGUCUCAAGACGGGCGCCUGAACGUGCAUGCUAGUUUUGAGACGUCUCAAGACGGGCGCCUGAACGUGCAUGCUAGUUUUGAGACGUCUCAAGACGGGCGCCUGAACGUGCAUGCUAGUUUUGAGACGUCUCAAGACGGGCGCCUGAACGUGCAUGCUAGUUUUGAGACGUCUCAAGACGGGCGCCUGAACGUGCAUGCUAGUUUUGAGACGUCUCAAGACGGGCGCCUGAACGUGCAUGCUAGUUUUGAGACGUCUCAAGACGGGCGCCUGAACGUGCAUGCUAGUUUUGAGACGUCUCAAGACGGGCGCCUGAACGUGCAUGCUAGUUUUGAGACGUCUCAAGACGGGCGCCUGAACGUGCAUGCUAGUUUUGAGACGUCUCAAGACGGGCGCCUGAACGUGCAUGCUAGUUUUGAGACGUCUCAAGACGGGCGCCUGAACGUGCAUGCUAGUUUUGAGACGUCUCAAGACGGGCGCCUGAACGUGCAUGCUAGUUUUGAGACGUCUCAAGACGGGCGCCUGAACGUGCAUGCUAGUUUUGAGACGUCUCAAGACGGGCGCCUGAACGUGCAUGCUAGUUUUGAGACGUCUCAAGACGGGCGCCUGAACGUGCAUGCUAGUUUUGAGACGUCUCAAGACGGGCGCCUGAACGUGCAUGCUAGUUUUGAGACGUCUCAAGACGGGCGCCUGAACGUGCAUGCUAGUUUUGAGACGUCUCAAGACGGGCGCCUGAACGUGCAUGCUAGUUUUGAGACGUCUCAAGACGGGCGCCUGAACGUGCAUGCUAGUUUUGAGACGUCUCAAGACGGGCGCCUGAACGUGCAUGCUAGUUUUGAGACGUCUCAAGACGGGCGCCUGAACGUGCAUGCUAGUUUUGAGACGUCUCAAGACGGGCGCCUGAACGUGCAUGCUAGUUUUGAGACGUCUCAAGACGGGCGCCUGAACGUGCAUGCUAGUUUUGAGACGUCUCAAGACGGGCGCCUGAACGUGCAUGCUAGUUUUGAGACGUCUCAAGACGGGCGCCUGAACGUGCAUGCUAGUUUUGAGACGUCUCAAGACGGGCGCCUGAACGUGCAUGCUAGUUUUGAGACGUCUCAAGACGGGCGCCUGAACGUGCAUGCUAGUUUUGAGACGUCUCAAGACGGGCGCCUGAACGUGCAUGCUAGUUUUGAGACGUCUCAAGACGGGCGCCUGAACGUGCAUGCUAGUUUUGAGACGUCUCAAGACGGGCGCCUGAACGUGCAUGCUAGUUUUGAGACGUCUCAAGACGGGCGCCUGAACGUGCAUGCUAGUUUUGAGACGUCUCAAGACGGGCGCCUGAACGUGCAUGCUAGUUUUGAGACGUCUCAAGACGGGCGCCUGAACGUGCAUGCUAGUUUUGAGACGUCUCAAGACGGGCGCCUGAACGUGCAUGCUAGUUUUGAGACGUCUCAAGACGGGCGCCUGAACGUGCAUGCUAGUUUUGAGACGUCUCAAGACGGGCGCCUGAACGUGCAUGCUAGUUUUGAGACGUCUCAAGACGGGCGCCUGAACGUGCAUGCUAGUUUUGAGACGUCUCAAGACGGGCGCCUGAACGUGCAUGCUAGUUUUGAGACGUCUCAAGACGGGCGCCUGAACGUGCAUGCUAGUUUUGAGACGUCUCAAGACGGGCGCCUGAACGUGCAUGCUAGUUUUGAGACGUCUCAAGACGGGCGCCUGAACGUGCAUGCUAGUUUUGAGACGUCUCAAGACGGGCGCCUGAACGUGCAUGCUAGUUUUGAGACGUCUCAAGACGGGCGCCUGAACGUGCAUGCUAGUUUUGAGACGUCUCAAGACGGGCGCCUGAACGUGCAUGCUAGUUUUGAGACGUCUCAAGACGGGCGCCUGAACGUGCAUGCUAGUUUUGAGACGUCUCAAGACGGGCGCCUGAACGUGCAUGCUAGUUUUGAGACGUCUCAAGACGGGCGCCUGAACGUGCAUGCUAGUUUUGAGACGUCUCAAGACGGGCGCCUGAACGUGCAUGCUAGUUUUGAGACGUCUCAAGACGGGCGCCUGAACGUGCAUGCUAGUUUUGAGACGUCUCAAGACGGGCGCCUGAACGUGCAUGCUAGUUUUGAGACGUCUCAAGACGGGCGCCUGAACGUGCAUGCUAGUUUUGAGACGUCUCAAGACGGGCGCCUGAACGUGCAUGCUAGUUUUGAGACGUCUCAAGACGGGCGCCUGAACGUGCAUGCUAGUUUUGAGACGUCUCAAGACGGGCGCCUGAACGUGCAUGCUAGUUUUGAGACGUCUCAAGACGGGCGCCUGAACGUGCAUGCUAGUUUUGAGACGUCUCAAGACGGGCGCCUGAACGUGCAUGCUAGUUUUGAGACGUCUCAAGACGGGCGCCUGAACGUGCAUGCUAGUUUUGAGACGUCUCAAGACGGGCGCCUGAACGUGCAUGCUAGUUUUGAGACGUCUCAAGACGGGCGCCUGAACGUGCAUGCUAGUUUUGAGACGUCUCAAGACGGGCGCCUGAACGUGCAUGCUAGUUUUGAGACGUCUCAAGACGGGCGCCUGAACGUGCAUGCUAGUUUUGAGACGUCUCAAGACGGGCGCCUGAACGUGCAUGCUAGUUUUGAGACGUCUCAAGACGGGCGCCUGAACGUGCAUGCUAGUUUUGAGACGUCUCAAGACGGGCGCCUGAACGUGCAUGCUAGUUUUGAGACGUCUCAAGACGGGCGCCUGAACGUGCAUGCUAGUUUUGAGACGUCUCAAGACGGGCGCCUGAACGUGCAUGCUAGUUUUGAGACGUCUCAAGACGGGCGCCUGAACGUGCAUGCUAGUUUUGAGACGUCUCAAGACGGGCGCCUGAACGUGCAUGCUAGUUUUGAGACGUCUCAAGACGGGCGCCUGAACGUGCAUGCUAGUUUUGAGACGUCUCAAGACGGGCGCCUGAACGUGCAUGCUAGUUUUGAGACGUCUCAAGACGGGCGCCUGAACGUGCAUGCUAGUUUUGAGACGUCUCAAGACGGGCGCCUGAACGUGCAUGCUAGUUUUGAGACGUCUCAAGACGGGCGCCUGAACGUGCAUGCUAGUUUUGAGACGUCUCAAGACGGGCGCCUGAACGUGCAUGCUAGUUUUGAGACGUCUCAAGACGGGCGCCUGAACGUGCAUGCUAGUUUUGAGACGUCUCAAGACGGGCGCCUGAACGUGCAUGCUAGUUUUGAGACGUCUCAAGACGGGCGCCUGAACGUGCAUGCUAGUUUUGAGACGUCUCAAGACGGGCGCCUGAACGUGCAUGCUAGUUUUGAGACGUCUCAAGACGGGCGCCUGAACGUGCAUGCUAGUUUUGAGACGUCUCAAGACGGGCGCCUGAACGUGCAUGCUAGUUUUGAGACGUCUCAAGACGGGCGCCUGAACGUGCAUGCUAGUUUUGAGACGUCUCAAGACGGGCGCCUGAACGUGCAUGCUAGUUUUGAGACGUCUCAAGACGGGCGCCUGAACGUGCAUGCUAGUUUUGAGACGUCUCAAGACGGGCGCCUGAACGUGCAUGCUAGUUUUGAGACGUCUCAAGACGGGCGCCUGAACGUGCAUGCUAGUUUUGAGACGUCUCAAGACGGGCGCCUGAACGUGCAUGCUAGUUUUGAGACGUCUCAAGACGGGCGCCUGAACGUGCAUGCUAGUUUUGAGACGUCUCAAGACGGGCGCCUGAACGUGCAUGCUAGUUUUGAGACGUCUCAAGACGGGCGCCUGAACGUGCAUGCUAGUUUUGAGACGUCUCAAGACGGGCGCCUGAACGUGCAUGCUAGUUUUGAGACGUCUCAAGACGGGCGCCUGAACGUGCAUGCUAGUUUUGAGACGUCUCAAGACGGGCGCCUGAACGUGCAUGCUAGUUUUGAGACGUCUCAAGACGGGCGCCUGAACGUGCAUGCUAGUUUUGAGACGUCUCAAGACGGGCGCCUGAACGUGCAUGCUAGUUUUGAGACGUCUCAAGACGGGCGCCUGAACGUGCAUGCUAGUUUUGAGACGUCUCAAGACGGGCGCCUGAACGUGCAUGCUAGUUUUGAGACGUCUCAAGACGGGCGCCUGAACGUGCAUGCUAGUUUUGAGACGUCUCAAGACGGGCGCCUGAACGUGCAUGCUAGUUUUGAGACGUCUCAAGACGGGCGCCUGAACGUGCAUGCUAGUUUUGAGACGUCUCAAGACGGGCGCCUGAACGUGCAUGCUAGUUUUGAGACGUCUCAAGACGGGCGCCUGAACGUGCAUGCUAGUUUUGAGACGUCUCAAGACGGGCGCCUGAACGUGCAUGCUAGUUUUGAGACGUCUCAAGACGGGCGCCUGAACGUGCAUGCUAGUUUUGAGACGUCUCAAGACGGGCGCCUGAACGUGCAUGCUAGUUUUGAGACGUCUCAAGACGGGCGCCUGAACGUGCAUGCUAGUUUUGAGACGUCUCAAGACGGGCGCCUGAACGUGCAUGCUAGUUUUGAGACGUCUCAAGACGGGCGCCUGAACGUGCAUGCUAGUUUUGAGACGUCUCAAGACGGGCGCCUGAACGUGCAUGCUAGUUUUGAGACGUCUCAAGACGGGCGCCUGAACGUGCAUGCUAGUUUUGAGACGUCUCAAGACGGGCGCCUGAACGUGCAUGCUAGUUUUGAGACGUCUCAAGACGGGCGCCUGAACGUGCAUGCUAGUUUUGAGACGUCUCAAGACGGGCGCCUGAACGUGCAUGCUAGUUUUGAGACGUCUCAAGACGGGCGCCUGAACGUGCAUGCUAGUUUUGAGACGUCUCAAGACGGGCGCCUGAACGUGCAUGCUAGUUUUGAGACGUCUCAAGACGGGCGCCUGAACGUGCAUGCUAGUUUUGAGACGUCUCAAGACGGGCGCCUGAACGUGCAUGCUAGUUUUGAGACGUCUCAAGACGGGCGCCUGAACGUGCAUGCUAGUUUUGAGACGUCUCAAGACGGGCGCCUGAACGUGCAUGCUAGUUUUGAGACGUCUCAAGACGGGCGCCUGAACGUGCAUGCUAGUUUUGAGACGUCUCAAGACGGGCGCCUGAACGUGCAUGCUAGUUUUGAGACGUCUCAAGACGGGCGCCUGAACGUGCAUGCUAGUUUUGAGACGUCUCAAGACGGGCGCCUGAACGUGCAUGCUAGUUUUGAGACGUCUCAAGACGGGCGCCUGAACGUGCAUGCUAGUUUUGAGACGUCUCAAGACGGGCGCCUGAACGUGCAUGCUAGUUUUGAGACGUCUCAAGACGGGCGCCUGAACGUGCAUGCUAGUUUUGAGACGUCUCAAGACGGGCGCCUGAACGUGCAUGCUAGUUUUGAGACGUCUCAAGACGGGCGCCUGAACGUGCAUGCUAGUUUUGAGACGUCUCAAGACGGGCGCCUGAACGUGCAUGCUAGUUUUGAGACGUCUCAAGACGGGCGCCUGAACGUGCAUGCUAGUUUUGAGACGUCUCAAGACGGGCGCCUGAACGUGCAUGCUAGUUUUGAGACGUCUCAAGACGGGCGCCUGAACGUGCAUGCUAGUUUUGAGACGUCUCAAGACGGGCGCCUGAACGUGCAUGCUAGUUUUGAGACGUCUCAAGACGGGCGCCUGAACGUGCAUGCUAGUUUUGAGACGUCUCAAGACGGGCGCCUGAACGUGCAUGCUAGUUUUGAGACGUCUCAAGACGGGCGCCUGAACGUGCAUGCUAGUUUUGAGACGUCUCAAGACGGGCGCCUGAACGUGCAUGCUAGUUUUGAGACGUCUCAAGACGGGCGCCUGAACGUGCAUGCUAGUUUUGAGACGUCUCAAGACGGGCGCCUGAACGUGCAUGCUAGUUUUGAGACGUCUCAAGACGGGCGCCUGAACGUGCAUGCUAGUUUUGAGACGUCUCAAGACGGGCGCCUGAACGUGCAUGCUAGUUUUGAGACGUCUCAAGACGGGCGCCUGAACGUGCAUGCUAGUUUUGAGACGUCUCAAGACGGGCGCCUGAACGUGCAUGCUAGUUUUGAGACGUCUCAAGACGGGCGCCUGAACGUGCAUGCUAGUUUUGAGACGUCUCAAGACGGGCGCCUGAACGUGCAUGCUAGUUUUGAGACGUCUCAAGACGGGCGCCUGAACGUGCAUGCUAGUUUUGAGACGUCUCAAGACGGGCGCCUGAACGUGCAUGCUAGUUUUGAGACGUCUCAAGACGGGCGCCUGAACGUGCAUGCUAGUUUUGAGACGUCUCAAGACGGGCGCCUGAACGUGCAUGCUAGUUUUGAGACGUCUCAAGACGGGCGCCUGAACGUGCAUGCUAGUUUUGAGACGUCUCAAGACGGGCGCCUGAACGUGCAUGCUAGUUUUGAGACGUCUCAAGACGGGCGCCUGAACGUGCAUGCUAGUUUUGAGACGUCUCAAGACGGGCGCCUGAACGUGCAUGCUAGUUUUGAGACGUCUCAAGACGGGCGCCUGAACGUGCAUGCUAGUUUUGAGACGUCUCAAGACGGGCGCCUGAACGUGCAUGCUAGUUUUGAGACGUCUCAAGACGGGCGCCUGAACGUGCAUGCUAGUUUUGAGACGUCUCAAGACGGGCGCCUGAACGUGCAUGCUAGUUUUGAGACGUCUCAAGACGGGCGCCUGAACGUGCAUGCUAGUUUUGAGACGUCUCAAGACGGGCGCCUGAACGUGCAUGCUAGUUUUGAGACGUCUCAAGACGGGCGCCUGAACGUGCAUGCUAGUUUUGAGACGUCUCAAGACGGGCGCCUGAACGUGCAUGCUAGUUUUGAGACGUCUCAAGACGGGCGCCUGAACGUGCAUGCUAGUUUUGAGACGUCUCAAGACGGGCGCCUGAACGUGCAUGCUAGUUUUGAGACGUCUCAAGACGGGCGCCUGAACGUGCAUGCUAGUUUUGAGACGUCUCAAGACGGGCGCCUGAACGUGCAUGCUAGUUUUGAGACGUCUCAAGACGGGCGCCUGAACGUGCAUGCUAGUUUUGAGACGUCUCAAGACGGGCGCCUGAACGUGCAUGCUAGUUUUGAGACGUCUCAAGACGGGCGCCUGAACGUGCAUGCUAGUUUUGAGACGUCUCAAGACGGGCGCCUGAACGUGCAUGCUAGUUUUGAGACGUCUCAAGACGGGCGCCUGAACGUGCAUGCUAGUUUUGAGACGUCUCAAGACGGGCGCCUGAACGUGCAUGCUAGUUUUGAGACGUCUCAAGACGGGCGCCUGAACGUGCAUGCUAGUUUUGAGACGUCUCAAGACGGGCGCCUGAACGUGCAUGCUAGUUUUGAGACGUCUCAAGACGGGCGCCUGAACGUGCAUGCUAGUUUUGAGACGUCUCAAGACGGGCGCCUGAACGUGCAUGCUAGUUUUGAGACGUCUCAAGACGGGCGCCUGAACGUGCAUGCUAGUUUUGAGACGUCUCAAGACGGGCGCCUGAACGUGCAUGCUAGUUUUGAGACGUCUCAAGACGGGCGCCUGAACGUGCAUGCUAGUUUUGAGACGUCUCAAGACGGGCGCCUGAACGUGCAUGCUAGUUUUGAGACGUCUCAAGACGGGCGCCUGAACGUGCAUGCUAGUUUUGAGACGUCUCAAGACGGGCGCCUGAACGUGCAUGCUAGUUUUGAGACGUCUCAAGACGGGCGCCUGAACGUGCAUGCUAGUUUUGAGACGUCUCAAGACGGGCGCCUGAACGUGCAUGCUAGUUUUGAGACGUCUCAAGACGGGCGCCUGAACGUGCAUGCUAGUUUUGAGACGUCUCAAGACGGGCGCCUGAACGUGCAUGCUAGUUUUGAGACGUCUCAAGACGGGCGCCUGAACGUGCAUGCUAGUUUUGAGACGUCUCAAGACGGGCGCCUGAACGUGCAUGCUAGUUUUGAGACGUCUCAAGACGGGCGCCUGAACGUGCAUGCUAGUUUUGAGACGUCUCAAGACGGGCGCCUGAACGUGCAUGCUAGUUUUGAGACGUCUCAAGACGGGCGCCUGAACGUGCAUGCUAGUUUUGAGACGUCUCAAGACGGGCGCCUGAACGUGCAUGCUAGUUUUGAGACGUCUCAAGACGGGCGCCUGAACGUGCAUGCUAGUUUUGAGACGUCUCAAGACGGGCGCCUGAACGUGCAUGCUAGUUUUGAGACGUCUCAAGACGGGCGCCUGAACGUGCAUGCUAGUUUUGAGACGUCUCAAGACGGGCGCCUGAACGUGCAUGCUAGUUUUGAGACGUCUCAAGACGGGCGCCUGAACGUGCAUGCUAGUUUUGAGACGUCUCAAGACGGGCGCCUGAACGUGCAUGCUAGUUUUGAGACGUCUCAAGACGGGCGCCUGAACGUGCAUGCUAGUUUUGAGACGUCUCAAGACGGGCGCCUGAACGUGCAUGCUAGUUUUGAGACGUCUCAAGACGGGCGCCUGAACGUGCAUGCUAGUUUUGAGACGUCUCAAGACGGGCGCCUGAACGUGCAUGCUAGUUUUGAGACGUCUCAAGACGGGCGCCUGAACGUGCAUGCUAGUUUUGAGACGUCUCAAGACGGGCGCCUGAACGUGCAUGCUAGUUUUGAGACGUCUCAAGACGGGCGCCUGAACGUGCAUGCUAGUUUUGAGACGUCUCAAGACGGGCGCCUGAACGUGCAUGCUAGUUUUGAGACGUCUCAAGACGGGCGCCUGAACGUGCAUGCUAGUUUUGAGACGUCUCAAGACGGGCGCCUGAACGUGCAUGCUAGUUUUGAGACGUCUCAAGACGGGCGCCUGAACGUGCAUGCUAGUUUUGAGACGUCUCAAGACGGGCGCCUGAACGUGCAUGCUAGUUUUGAGACGUCUCAAGACGGGCGCCUGAACGUGCAUGCUAGUUUUGAGACGUCUCAAGACGGGCGCCUGAACGUGCAUGCUAGUUUUGAGACGUCUCAAGACGGGCGCCUGAACGUGCAUGCUAGUUUUGAGACGUCUCAAGACGGGCGCCUGAACGUGCAUGCUAGUUUUGAGACGUCUCAAGACGGGCGCCUGAACGUGCAUGCUAGUUUUGAGACGUCUCAAGACGGGCGCCUGAACGUGCAUGCUAGUUUUGAGACGUCUCAAGACGGGCGCCUGAACGUGCAUGCUAGUUUUGAGACGUCUCAAGACGGGCGCCUGAACGUGCAUGCUAGUUUUGAGACGUCUCAAGACGGGCGCCUGAACGUGCAUGCUAGUUUUGAGACGUCUCAAGACGGGCGCCUGAACGUGCAUGCUAGUUUUGAGACGUCUCAAGACGGGCGCCUGAACGUGCAUGCUAGUUUUGAGACGUCUCAAGACGGGCGCCUGAACGUGCAUGCUAGUUUUGAGACGUCUCAAGACGGGCGCCUGAACGUGCAUGCUAGUUUUGAGACGUCUCAAGACGGGCGCCUGAACGUGCAUGCUAGUUUUGAGACGUCUCAAGACGGGCGCCUGAACGUGCAUGCUAGUUUUGAGACGUCUCAAGACGGGCGCCUGAACGUGCAUGCUAGUUUUGAGACGUCUCAAGACGGGCGCCUGAACGUGCAUGCUAGUUUUGAGACGUCUCAAGACGGGCGCCUGAACGUGCAUGCUAGUUUUGAGACGUCUCAAGACGGGCGCCUGAACGUGCAUGCUAGUUUUGAGACGUCUCAAGACGGGCGCCUGAACGUGCAUGCUAGUUUUGAGACGUCUCAAGACGGGCGCCUGAACGUGCAUGCUAGUUUUGAGACGUCUCAAGACGGGCGCCUGAACGUGCAUGCUAGUUUUGAGACGUCUCAAGACGGGCGCCUGAACGUGCAUGCUAGUUUUGAGACGUCUCAAGACGGGCGCCUGAACGUGCAUGCUAGUUUUGAGACGUCUCAAGACGGGCGCCUGAACGUGCAUGCUAGUUUUGAGACGUCUCAAGACGGGCGCCUGAACGUGCAUGCUAGUUUUGAGACGUCUCAAGACGGGCGCCUGAACGUGCAUGCUAGUUUUGAGACGUCUCAAGACGGGCGCCUGAACGUGCAUGCUAGUUUUGAGACGUCUCAAGACGGGCGCCUGAACGUGCAUGCUAGUUUUGAGACGUCUCAAGACGGGCGCCUGAACGUGCAUGCUAGUUUUGAGACGUCUCAAGACGGGCGCCUGAACGUGCAUGCUAGUUUUGAGACGUCUCAAGACGGGCGCCUGAACGUGCAUGCUAGUUUUGAGACGUCUCAAGACGGGCGCCUGAACGUGCAUGCUAGUUUUGAGACGUCUCAAGACGGGCGCCUGAACGUGCAUGCUAGUUUUGAGACGUCUCAAGACGGGCGCCUGAACGUGCAUGCUAGUUUUGAGACGUCUCAAGACGGGCGCCUGAACGUGCAUGCUAGUUUUGAGACGUCUCAAGACGGGCGCCUGAACGUGCAUGCUAGUUUUGAGACGUCUCAAGACGGGCGCCUGAACGUGCAUGCUAGUUUUGAGACGUCUCAAGACGGGCGCCUGAACGUGCAUGCUAGUUUUGAGACGUCUCAAGACGGGCGCCUGAACGUGCAUGCUAGUUUUGAGACGUCUCAAGACGGGCGCCUGAACGUGCAUGCUAGUUUUGAGACGUCUCAAGACGGGCGCCUGAACGUGCAUGCUAGUUUUGAGACGUCUCAAGACGGGCGCCUGAACGUGCAUGCUAGUUUUGAGACGUCUCAAGACGGGCGCCUGAACGUGCAUGCUAGUUUUGAGACGUCUCAAGACGGGCGCCUGAACGUGCAUGCUAGUUUUGAGACGUCUCAAGACGGGCGCCUGAACGUGCAUGCUAGUUUUGAGACGUCUCAAGACGGGCGCCUGAACGUGCAUGCUAGUUUUGAGACGUCUCAAGACGGGCGCCUGAACGUGCAUGCUAGUUUUGAGACGUCUCAAGACGGGCGCCUGAACGUGCAUGCUAGUUUUGAGACGUCUCAAGACGGGCGCCUGAACGUGCAUGCUAGUUUUGAGACGUCUCAAGACGGGCGCCUGAACGUGCAUGCUAGUUUUGAGACGUCUCAAGACGGGCGCCUGAACGUGCAUGCUAGUUUUGAGACGUCUCAAGACGGGCGCCUGAACGUGCAUGCUAGUUUUGAGACGUCUCAAGACGGGCGCCUGAACGUGCAUGCUAGUUUUGAGACGUCUCAAGACGGGCGCCUGAACGUGCAUGCUAGUUUUGAGACGUCUCAAGACGGGCGCCUGAACGUGCAUGCUAGUUUUGAGACGUCUCAAGACGGGCGCCUGAACGUGCAUGCUAGUUUUGAGACGUCUCAAGACGGGCGCCUGAACGUGCAUGCUAGUUUUGAGACGUCUCAAGACGGGCGCCUGAACGUGCAUGCUAGUUUUGAGACGUCUCAAGACGGGCGCCUGAACGUGCAUGCUAGUUUUGAGACGUCUCAAGACGGGCGCCUGAACGUGCAUGCUAGUUUUGAGACGUCUCAAGACGGGCGCCUGAACGUGCAUGCUAGUUUUGAGACGUCUCAAGACGGGCGCCUGAACGUGCAUGCUAGUUUUGAGACGUCUCAAGACGGGCGCCUGAACGUGCAUGCUAGUUUUGAGACGUCUCAAGACGGGCGCCUGAACGUGCAUGCUAGUUUUGAGACGUCUCAAGACGGGCGCCUGAACGUGCAUGCUAGUUUUGAGACGUCUCAAGACGGGCGCCUGAACGUGCAUGCUAGUUUUGAGACGUCUCAAGACGGGCGCCUGAACGUGCAUGCUAGUUUUGAGACGUCUCAAGACGGGCGCCUGAACGUGCAUGCUAGUUUUGAGACGUCUCAAGACGGGCGCCUGAACGUGCAUGCUAGUUUUGAGACGUCUCAAGACGGGCGCCUGAACGUGCAUGCUAGUUUUGAGACGUCUCAAGACGGGCGCCUGAACGUGCAUGCUAGUUUUGAGACGUCUCAAGACGGGCGCCUGAACGUGCAUGCUAGUUUUGAGACGUCUCAAGACGGGCGCCUGAACGUGCAUGCUAGUUUUGAGACGUCUCAAGACGGGCGCCUGAACGUGCAUGCUAGUUUUGAGACGUCUCAAGACGGGCGCCUGAACGUGCAUGCUAGUUUUGAGACGUCUCAAGACGGGCGCCUGAACGUGCAUGCUAGUUUUGAGACGUCUCAAGACGGGCGCCUGAACGUGCAUGCUAGUUUUGAGACGUCUCAAGACGGGCGCCUGAACGUGCAUGCUAGUUUUGAGACGUCUCAAGACGGGCGCCUGAACGUGCAUGCUAGUUUUGAGACGUCUCAAGACGGGCGCCUGAACGUGCAUGCUAGUUUUGAGACGUCUCAAGACGGGCGCCUGAACGUGCAUGCUAGUUUUGAGACGUCUCAAGACGGGCGCCUGAACGUGCAUGCUAGUUUUGAGACGUCUCAAGACGGGCGCCUGAACGUGCAUGCUAGUUUUGAGACGUCUCAAGACGGGCGCCUGAACGUGCAUGCUAGUUUUGAGACGUCUCAAGACGGGCGCCUGAACGUGCAUGCUAGUUUUGAGACGUCUCAAGACGGGCGCCUGAACGUGCAUGCUAGUUUUGAGACGUCUCAAGACGGGCGCCUGAACGUGCAUGCUAGUUUUGAGACGUCUCAAGACGGGCGCCUGAACGUGCAUGCUAGUUUUGAGACGUCUCAAGACGGGCGCCUGAACGUGCAUGCUAGUUUUGAGACGUCUCAAGACGGGCGCCUGAACGUGCAUGCUAGUUUUGAGACGUCUCAAGACGGGCGCCUGAACGUGCAUGCUAGUUUUGAGACGUCUCAAGACGGGCGCCUGAACGUGCAUGCUAGUUUUGAGACGUCUCAAGACGGGCGCCUGAACGUGCAUGCUAGUUUUGAGACGUCUCAAGACGGGCGCCUGAACGUGCAUGCUAGUUUUGAGACGUCUCAAGACGGGCGCCUGAACGUGCAUGCUAGUUUUGAGACGUCUCAAGACGGGCGCCUGAACGUGCAUGCUAGUUUUGAGACGUCUCAAGACGGGCGCCUGAACGUGCAUGCUAGUUUUGAGACGUCUCAAGACGGGCGCCUGAACGUGCAUGCUAGUUUUGAGACGUCUCAAGACGGGCGCCUGAACGUGCAUGCUAGUUUUGAGACGUCUCAAGACGGGCGCCUGAACGUGCAUGCUAGUUUUGAGACGUCUCAAGACGGGCGCCUGAACGUGCAUGCUAGUUUUGAGACGUCUCAAGACGGGCGCCUGAACGUGCAUGCUAGUUUUGAGACGUCUCAAGACGGGCGCCUGAACGUGCAUGCUAGUUUUGAGACGUCUCAAGACGGGCGCCUGAACGUGCAUGCUAGUUUUGAGACGUCUCAAGACGGGCGCCUGAACGUGCAUGCUAGUUUUGAGACGUCUCAAGACGGGCGCCUGAACGUGCAUGCUAGUUUUGAGACGUCUCAAGACGGGCGCCUGAACGUGCAUGCUAGUUUUGAGACGUCUCAAGACGGGCGCCUGAACGUGCAUGCUAGUUUUGAGACGUCUCAAGACGGGCGCCUGAACGUGCAUGCUAGUUUUGAGACGUCUCAAGACGGGCGCCUGAACGUGCAUGCUAGUUUUGAGACGUCUCAAGACGGGCGCCUGAACGUGCAUGCUAGUUUUGAGACGUCUCAAGACGGGCGCCUGAACGUGCAUGCUAGUUUUGAGACGUCUCAAGACGGGCGCCUGAACGUGCAUGCUAGUUUUGAGACGUCUCAAGACGGGCGCCUGAACGUGCAUGCUAGUUUUGAGACGUCUCAAGACGGGCGCCUGAACGUGCAUGCUAGUUUUGAGACGUCUCAAGACGGGCGCCUGAACGUGCAUGCUAGUUUUGAGACGUCUCAAGACGGGCGCCUGAACGUGCAUGCUAGUUUUGAGACGUCUCAAGACGGGCGCCUGAACGUGCAUGCUAGUUUUGAGACGUCUCAAGACGGGCGCCUGAACGUGCAUGCUAGUUUUGAGACUUUUGAGACGUCUCAAGACGGGCGCCUGAACGUGCAUGCUAGUUUUGAGACGUCUCAAGACGGGCGCCUGAACGUGCAUGCUAGUUUUGAGACGUCUCAAGACGGGCGCCUGAACGUGCAUGCUAGUUUUGAGACGUCUCAAGACGGGCGCCUGAACGUGCAUGCUAGUUUUGAGACGUCUCAAGACGGGCGCCUGAACGUGCAUGCUAGUUUUGAGACGUCUCAAGACGGGCGCCUGAACGUGCAUGCUAGUUUUGAGACGUCUCAAGACGGGCGCCUGAACGUGCAUGCUAGUUUUGAGACGUCUCAAGACGGGCGCCUGAACGUGCAUGCUAGUUUUGAGACGUCUCAAGACGGGCGCCUGAACGUGCAUGCUAGUUUUGAGACGUCUCAAGACGGGCGCCUGAACGUGCAUGCUAGUUUUGAGACGUCUCAAGACGGGCGCCUGAACGUGCAUGCUAGUUUUGAGACGUCUCAAGACGGGCGCCUGAACGUGCAUGCUAGUUUUGAGACGUCUCAAGACGGGCGCCUGAACGUGCAUGCUAGUUUUGAGACGUCUCAAGACGGGCGCCUGAACGUGCAUGCUAGUUUUGAGACGUCUCAAGACGGGCGCCUGAACGUGCAUGCUAGUUUUGAGACGUCUCAAGACGGGCGCCUGAACGUGCAUGCUAGUUUUGAGACGUCUCAAGACGGGCGCCUGAACGUGCAUGCUAGUUUUGAGACGUCUCAAGACGGGCGCCUGAACGUGCAUGCUAGUUUUGAGACGUCUCAAGACGGGCGCCUGAACGUGCAUGCUAGUUUUGAGACGUCUCAAGACGGGCGCCUGAACGUGCAUGCUAGUUUUGAGACGUCUCAAGACGGGCGCCUGAACGUGCAUGCUAGUUUUGAGACGUCUCAAGACGGGCGCCUGAACGUGCAUGCUAGUUUUGAGACGUCUCAAGACGGGCGCCUGAACGUGCAUGCUAGUUUUGAGACGUCUCAAGACGGGCGCCUGAACGUGCAUGCUAGUUUUGAGACGUCUCAAGACGGGCGCCUGAACGUGCAUGCUAGUUUUGAGACGUCUCAAGACGGGCGCCUGAACGUGCAUGCUAGUUUUGAGACGUCUCAAGACGGGCGCCUGAACGUGCAUGCUAGUUUUGAGACGUCUCAAGACGGGCGCCUGAACGUGCAUGCUAGUUUUGAGACGUCUCAAGACGGGCGCCUGAACGUGCAUGCUAGUUUUGAGACGUCUCAAGACGGGCGCCUGAACGUGCAUGCUAGUUUUGAGACGUCUCAAGACGGGCGCCUGAACGUGCAUGCUAGUUUUGAGACGUCUCAAGACGGGCGCCUGAACGUGCAUGCUAGUUUUGAGACGUCUCAAGACGGGCGCCUGAACGUGCAUGCUAGUUUUGAGACGUCUCAAGACGGGCGCCUGAACGUGCAUGCUAGUUUUGAGACGUCUCAAGACGGGCGCCUGAACGUGCAUGCUAGUUUUGAGACGUCUCAAGACGGGCGCCUGAACGUGCAUGCUAGUUUUGAGACGUCUCAAGACGGGCGCCUGAACGUGCAUGCUAGUUUUGAGACGUCUCAAGACGGGCGCCUGAACGUGCAUGCUAGUUUUGAGACGUCUCAAGACGGGCGCCUGAACGUGCAUGCUAGUUUUGAGACGUCUCAAGACGGGCGCCUGAACGUGCAUGCUAGUUUUGAGACGUCUCAAGACGGGCGCCUGAACGUGCAUGCUAGUUUUGAGACGUCUCAAGACGGGCGCCUGAACGUGCAUGCUAGUUUUGAGACGUCUCAAGACGGGCGCCUGAACGUGCAUGCUAGUUUUGAGACGUCUCAAGACGGGCGCCUGAACGUGCAUGCUAGUUUUGAGACGUCUCAAGACGGGCGCCUGAACGUGCAUGCUAGUUUUGAGACGUCUCAAGACGGGCGCCUGAACGUGCAUGCUAGUUUUGAGACGUCUCAAGACGGGCGCCUGAACGUGCAUGCUAGUUUUGAGACGUCUCAAGACGGGCGCCUGAACGUGCAUGCUAGUUUUGAGACGUCUCAAGACGGGCGCCUGAACGUGCAUGCUAGUUUUGAGACGUCUCAAGACGGGCGCCUGAACGUGCAUGCUAGUUUUGAGACGUCUCAAGACGGGCGCCUGAACGUGCAUGCUAGUUUUGAGACGUCUCAAGACGGGCGCCUGAACGUGCAUGCUAGUUUUGAGACGUCUCAAGACGGGCGCCUGAACGUGCAUGCUAGUUUUGAGACGUCUCAAGACGGGCGCCUGAACGUGCAUGCUAGUUUUGAGACGUCUCAAGACGGGCGCCUGAACGUGCAUGCUAGUUUUGAGACGUCUCAAGACGGGCGCCUGAACGUGCAUGCUAGUUUUGAGACGUCUCAAGACGGGCGCCUGAACGUGCAUGCUAGUUUUGAGACGUCUCAAGACGGGCGCCUGAACGUGCAUGCUAGUUUUGAGACGUCUCAAGACGGGCGCCUGAACGUGCAUGCUAGUUUUGAGACGUCUCAAGACGGGCGCCUGAACGUGCAUGCUAGUUUUGAGACGUCUCAAGACGGGCGCCUGAACGUGCAUGCUAGUUUUGAGACGUCUCAAGACGGGCGCCUGAACGUGCAUGCUAGUUUUGAGACGUCUCAAGACGGGCGCCUGAACGUGCAUGCUAGUUUUGAGACGUCUCAAGACGGGCGCCUGAACGUGCAUGCUAGUUUUGAGACGUCUCAAGACGGGCGCCUGAACGUGCAUGCUAGUUUUGAGACGUCUCAAGACGGGCGCCUGAACGUGCAUGCUAGUUUUGAGACGUCUCAAGACGGGCGCCUGAACGUGCAUGCUAGUUUUGAGACGUCUCAAGACGGGCGCCUGAACGUGCAUGCUAGUUUUGAGACGUCUCAAGACGGGCGCCUGAACGUGCAUGCUAGUUUUGAGACGUCUCAAGACGGGCGCCUGAACGUGCAUGCUAGUUUUGAGACGUCUCAAGACGGGCGCCUGAACGUGCAUGCUAGUUUUGAGACGUCUCAAGACGGGCGCCUGAACGUGCAUGCUAGUUUUGAGACGUCUCAAGACGGGCGCCUGAACGUGCAUGCUAGUUUUGAGACGUCUCAAGACGGGCGCCUGAACGUGCAUGCUAGUUUUGAGACGUCUCAAGACGGGCGCCUGAACGUGCAUGCUAGUUUUGAGACGUCUCAAGACGGGCGCCUGAACGUGCAUGCUAGUUUUGAGACGUCUCAAGACGGGCGCCUGAACGUGCAUGCUAGUUUUGAGACGUCUCAAGACGGGCGCCUGAACGUGCAUGCUAGUUUUGAGACGUCUCAAGACGGGCGCCUGAACGUGCAUGCUAGUUUUGAGACGUCUCAAGACGGGCGCCUGAACGUGCAUGCUAGUUUUGAGACGUCUCAAGACGGGCGCCUGAACGUGCAUGCUAGUUUUGAGACGUCUCAAGACGGGCGCCUGAACGUGCAUGCUAGUUUUGAGACGUCUCAAGACGGGCGCCUGAACGUGCAUGCUAGUUUUGAGACGUCUCAAGACGGGCGCCUGAACGUGCAUGCUAGUUUUGAGACGUCUCAAGACGGGCGCCUGAACGUGCAUGCUAGUUUUGAGACGUCUCAAGACGGGCGCCUGAACGUGCAUGCUAGUUUUGAGACGUCUCAAGACGGGCGCCUGAACGUGCAUGCUAGUUUUGAGACGUCUCAAGACGGGCGCCUGAACGUGCAUGCUAGUUUUGAGACGUCUCAAGACGGGCGCCUGAACGUGCAUGCUAGUUUUGAGACGUCUCAAGACGGGCGCCUGAACGUGCAUGCUAGUUUUGAGACGUCUCAAGACGGGCGCCUGAACGUGCAUGCUAGUUUUGAGACGUCUCAAGACGGGCGCCUGAACGUGCAUGCUAGUUUUGAGACGUCUCAAGACGGGCGCCUGAACGUGCAUGCUAGUUUUGAGACGUCUCAAGACGGGCGCCUGAACGUGCAUGCUAGUUUUGAGACGUCUCAAGACGGGCGCCUGAACGUGCAUGCUAGUUUUGAGACGUCUCAAGACGGGCGCCUGAACGUGCAUGCUAGUUUUGAGACGUCUCAAGACGGGCGCCUGAACGUGCAUGCUAGUUUUGAGACGUCUCAAGACGGGCGCCUGAACGUGCAUGCUAGUUUUGAGACGUCUCAAGACGGGCGCCUGAACGUGCAUGCUAGUUUUGAGACGUCUCAAGACGGGCGCCUGAACGUGCAUGCUAGUUUUGAGACGUCUCAAGACGGGCGCCUGAACGUGCAUGCUAGUUUUGAGACGUCUCAAGACGGGCGCCUGAACGUGCAUGCUAGUUUUGAGACGUCUCAAGACGGGCGCCUGAACGUGCAUGCUAGUUUUGAGACGUCUCAAGACGGGCGCCUGAACGUGCAUGCUAGUUUUGAGACGUCUCAAGACGGGCGCCUGAACGUGCAUGCUAGUUUUGAGACGUCUCAAGACGGGCGCCUGAACGUGCAUGCUAGUUUUGAGACGUCUCAAGACGGGCGCCUGAACGUGCAUGCUAGUUUUGAGACGUCUCAAGACGGGCGCCUGAACGUGCAUGCUAGUUUUGAGACGUCUCAAGACGGGCGCCUGAACGUGCAUGCUAGUUUUGAGACGUCUCAAGACGGGCGCCUGAACGUGCAUGCUAGUUUUGAGACGUCUCAAGACGGGCGCCUGAACGUGCAUGCUAGUUUUGAGACGUCUCAAGACGGGCGCCUGAACGUGCAUGCUAGUUUUGAGACGUCUCAAGACGGGCGCCUGAACGUGCAUGCUAGUUUUGAGACGUCUCAAGACGGGCGCCUGAACGUGCAUGCUAGUUUUGAGACGUCUCAAGACGGGCGCCUGAACGUGCAUGCUAGUUUUGAGACGUCUCAAGACGGGCGCCUGAACGUGCAUGCUAGUUUUGAGACGUCUCAAGACGGGCGCCUGAACGUGCAUGCUAGUUUUGAGACGUCUCAAGACGGGCGCCUGAACGUGCAUGCUAGUUUUGAGACGUCUCAAGACGGGCGCCUGAACGUGCAUGCUAGUUUUGAGACGUCUCAAGACGGGCGCCUGAACGUGCAUGCUAGUUUUGAGACGUCUCAAGACGGGCGCCUGAACGUGCAUGCUAGUUUUGAGACGUCUCAAGACGGGCGCCUGAACGUGCAUGCUAGUUUUGAGACGUCUCAAGACGGGCGCCUGAACGUGCAUGCUAGUUUUGAGACGUCUCAAGACGGGCGCCUGAACGUGCAUGCUAGUUUUGAGACGUCUCAAGACGGGCGCCUGAACGUGCAUGCUAGUUUUGAGACGUCUCAAGACGGGCGCCUGAACGUGCAUGCUAGUUUUGAGACGUCUCAAGACGGGCGCCUGAACGUGCAUGCUAGUUUUGAGACGUCUCAAGACGGGCGCCUGAACGUGCAUGCUAGUUUUGAGACGUCUCAAGACGGGCGCCUGAACGUGCAUGCUAGUUUUGAGACGUCUCAAGACGGGCGCCUGAACGUGCAUGCUAGUUUUGAGACGUCUCAAGACGGGCGCCUGAACGUGCAUGCUAGUUUUGAGACGUCUCAAGACGGGCGCCUGAACGUGCAUGCUAGUUUUGAGACGUCUCAAGACGGGCGCCUGAACGUGCAUGCUAGUUUUGAGACGUCUCAAGACGGGCGCCUGAACGUGCAUGCUAGUUUUGAGACGUCUCAAGACGGGCGCCUGAACGUGCAUGCUAGUUUUGAGACGUCUCAAGACGGGCGCCUGAACGUGCAUGCUAGUUUUGAGACGUCUCAAGACGGGCGCCUGAACGUGCAUGCUAGUUUUGAGACGUCUCAAGACGGGCGCCUGAACGUGCAUGCUAGUUUUGAGACGUCUCAAGACGGGCGCCUGAACGUGCAUGCUAGUUUUGAGACGUCUCAAGACGGGCGCCUGAACGUGCAUGCUAGUUUUGAGACGUCUCAAGACGGGCGCCUGAACGUGCAUGCUAGUUUUGAGACGUCUCAAGACGGGCGCCUGAACGUGCAUGCUAGUUUUGAGACGUCUCAAGACGGGCGCCUGAACGUGCAUGCUAGUUUUGAGACGUCUCAAGACGGGCGCCUGAACGUGCAUGCUAGUUUUGAGACGUCUCAAGACGGGCGCCUGAACGUGCAUGCUAGUUUUGAGACGUCUCAAGACGGGCGCCUGAACGUGCAUGCUAGUUUUGAGACGUCUCAAGACGGGCGCCUGAACGUGCAUGCUAGUUUUGAGACGUCUCAAGACGGGCGCCUGAACGUGCAUGCUAGUUUUGAGACGUCUCAAGACGGGCGCCUGAACGUGCAUGCUAGUUUUGAGACGUCUCAAGACGGGCGCCUGAACGUGCAUGCUAGUUUUGAGACGUCUCAAGACGGGCGCCUGAACGUGCAUGCUAGUUUUGAGACGUCUCAAGACGGGCGCCUGAACGUGCAUGCUAGUUUUGAGACGUCUCAAGACGGGCGCCUGAACGUGCAUGCUAGUUUUGAGACGUCUCAAGACGGGCGCCUGAACGUGCAUGCUAGUUUUGAGACGUCUCAAGACGGGCGCCUGAACGUGCAUGCUAGUUUUGAGACGUCUCAAGACGGGCGCCUGAACGUGCAUGCUAGUUUUGAGACGUCUCAAGACGGGCGCCUGAACGUGCAUGCUAGUUUUGAGACGUCUCAAGACGGGCGCCUGAACGUGCAUGCUAGUUUUGAGACGUCUCAAGACGGGCGCCUGAACGUGCAUGCUAGUUUUGAGACGUCUCAAGACGGGCGCCUGAACGUGCAUGCUAGUUUUGAGACGUCUCAAGACGGGCGCCUGAACGUGCAUGCUAGUUUUGAGACGUCUCAAGACGGGCGCCUGAACGUGCAUGCUAGUUUUGAGACGUCUCAAGACGGGCGCCUGAACGUGCAUGCUAGUUUUGAGACGUCUCAAGACGGGCGCCUGAACGUGCAUGCUAGUUUUGAGACGUCUCAAGACGGGCGCCUGAACGUGCAUGCUAGUUUUGAGACGUCUCAAGACGGGCGCCUGAACGUGCAUGCUAGUUUUGAGACGUCUCAAGACGGGCGCCUGAACGUGCAUGCUAGUUUUGAGACGUCUCAAGACGGGCGCCUGAACGUGCAUGCUAGUUUUGAGACGUCUCAAGACGGGCGCCUGAACGUGCAUGCUAGUUUUGAGACGUCUCAAGACGGGCGCCUGAACGUGCAUGCUAGUUUUGAGACGUCUCAAGACGGGCGCCUGAACGUGCAUGCUAGUUUUGAGACGUCUCAAGACGGGCGCCUGAACGUGCAUGCUAGUUUUGAGACGUCUCAAGACGGGCGCCUGAACGUGCAUGCUAGUUUUGAGACGUCUCAAGACGGGCGCCUGAACGUGCAUGCUAGUUUUGAGACGUCUCAAGACGGGCGCCUGAACGUGCAUGCUAGUUUUGAGACGUCUCAAGACGGGCGCCUGAACGUGCAUGCUAGUUUUGAGACGUCUCAAGACGGGCGCCUGAACGUGCAUGCUAGUUUUGAGACGUCUCAAGACGGGCGCCUGAACGUGCAUGCUAGUUUUGAGACGUCUCAAGACGGGCGCCUGAACGUGCAUGCUAGUUUUGAGACGUCUCAAGACGGGCGCCUGAACGUGCAUGCUAGUUUUGAGACGUCUCAAGACGGGCGCCUGAACGUGCAUGCUAGUUUUGAGACGUCUCAAGACGGGCGCCUGAACGUGCAUGCUAGUUUUGAGACGUCUCAAGACGGGCGCCUGAACGUGCAUGCUAGUUUUGAGACGUCUCAAGACGGGCGCCUGAACGUGCAUGCUAGUUUUGAGACGUCUCAAGACGGGCGCCUGAACGUGCAUGCUAGUUUUGAGACGUCUCAAGACGGGCGCCUGAACGUGCAUGCUAGUUUUGAGACGUCUCAAGACGGGCGCCUGAACGUGCAUGCUAGUUUUGAGACGUCUCAAGACGGGCGCCUGAACGUGCAUGCUAGUUUUGAGACGUCUCAAGACGGGCGCCUGAACGUGCAUGCUAGUUUUGAGACGUCUCAAGACGGGCGCCUGAACGUGCAUGCUAGUUUUGAGACGUCUCAAGACGGGCGCCUGAACGUGCAUGCUAGUUUUGAGACGUCUCAAGACGGGCGCCUGAACGUGCAUGCUAGUUUUGAGACGUCUCAAGACGGGCGCCUGAACGUGCAUGCUAGUUUUGAGACGUCUCAAGACGGGCGCCUGAACGUGCAUGCUAGUUUUGAGACGUCUCAAGACGGGCGCCUGAACGUGCAUGCUAGUUUUGAGACGUCUCAAGACGGGCGCCUGAACGUGCAUGCUAGUUUUGAGACGUCUCAAGACGGGCGCCUGAACGUGCAUGCUAGUUUUGAGACGUCUCAAGACGGGCGCCUGAACGUGCAUGCUAGUUUUGAGACGUCUCAAGACGGGCGCCUGAACGUGCAUGCUAGUUUUGAGACGUCUCAAGACGGGCGCCUGAACGUGCAUGCUAGUUUUGAGACGUCUCAAGACGGGCGCCUGAACGUGCAUGCUAGUUUUGAGACGUCUCAAGACGGGCGCCUGAACGUGCAUGCUAGUUUUGAGACGUCUCAAGACGGGCGCCUGAACGUGCAUGCUAGUUUUGAGACGUCUCAAGACGGGCGCCUGAACGUGCAUGCUAGUUUUGAGACGUCUCAAGACGGGCGCCUGAACGUGCAUGCUAGUUUUGAGACGUCUCAAGACGGGCGCCUGAACGUGCAUGCUAGUUUUGAGACGUCUCAAGACGGGCGCCUGAACGUGCAUGCUAGUUUUGAGACGUCUCAAGACGGGCGCCUGAACGUGCAUGCUAGUUUUGAGACGUCUCAAGACGGGCGCCUGAACGUGCAUGCUAGUUUUGAGACGUCUCAAGACGGGCGCCUGAACGUGCAUGCUAGUUUUGAGACGUCUCAAGACGGGCGCCUGAACGUGCAUGCUAGUUUUGAGACGUCUCAAGACGGGCGCCUGAACGUGCAUGCUAGUUUUGAGACGUCUCAAGACGGGCGCCUGAACGUGCAUGCUAGUUUUGAGACGUCUCAAGACGGGCGCCUGAACGUGCAUGCUAGUUUUGAGACGUCUCAAGACGGGCGCCUGAACGUGCAUGCUAGUUUUGAGACGUCUCAAGACGGGCGCCUGAACGUGCAUGCUAGUUUUGAGACGUCUCAAGACGGGCGCCUGAACGUGCAUGCUAGUUUUGAGACGUCUCAAGACGGGCGCCUGAACGUGCAUGCUAGUUUUGAGACGUCUCAAGACGGGCGCCUGAACGUGCAUGCUAGUUUUGAGACGUCUCAAGACGGGCGCCUGAACGUGCAUGCUAGUUUUGAGACGUCUCAAGACGGGCGCCUGAACGUGCAUGCUAGUUUUGAGACGUCUCAAGACGGGCGCCUGAACGUGCAUGCUAGUUUUGAGACGUCUCAAGACGGGCGCCUGAACGUGCAUGCUAGUUUUGAGACGUCUCAAGACGGGCGCCUGAACGUGCAUGCUAGUUUUGAGACGUCUCAAGACGGGCGCCUGAACGUGCAUGCUAGUUUUGAGACGUCUCAAGACGGGCGCCUGAACGUGCAUGCUAGUUUUGAGACGUCUCAAGACGGGCGCCUGAACGUGCAUGCUAGUUUUGAGACGUCUCAAGACGGGCGCCUGAACGUGCAUGCUAGUUUUGAGACGUCUCAAGACGGGCGCCUGAACGUGCAUGCUAGUUUUGAGACGUCUCAAGACGGGCGCCUGAACGUGCAUGCUAGUUUUGAGACGUCUCAAGACGGGCGCCUGAACGUGCAUGCUAGUUUUGAGACGUCUCAAGACGGGCGCCUGAACGUGCAUGCUAGUUUUGAGACGUCUCAAGACGGGCGCCUGAACGUGCAUGCUAGUUUUGAGACGUCUCAAGACGGGCGCCUGAACGUGCAUGCUAGUUUUGAGACGUCUCAAGACGGGCGCCUGAACGUGCAUGCUAGUUUUGAGACGUCUCAAGACGGGCGCCUGAACGUGCAUGCUAGUUUUGAGACGUCUCAAGACGGGCGCCUGAACGUGCAUGCUAGUUUUGAGACGUCUCAAGACGGGCGCCUGAACGUGCAUGCUAGUUUUGAGACGUCUCAAGACGGGCGCCUGAACGUGCAUGCUAGUUUUGAGACGUCUCAAGACGGGCGCCUGAACGUGCAUGCUAGUUUUGAGACGUCUCAAGACGGGCGCCUGAACGUGCAUGCUAGUUUUGAGACGUCUCAAGACGGGCGCCUGAACGUGCAUGCUAGUUUUGAGACGUCUCAAGACGGGCGCCUGAACGUGCAUGCUAGUUUUGAGACGUCUCAAGACGGGCGCCUGAACGUGCAUGCUAGUUUUGAGACGUCUCAAGACGGGCGCCUGAACGUGCAUGCUAGUUUUGAGACGUCUCAAGACGGGCGCCUGAACGUGCAUGCUAGUUUUGAGACGUCUCAAGACGGGCGCCUGAACGUGCAUGCUAGUUUUGAGACGUCUCAAGACGGGCGCCUGAACGUGCAUGCUAGUUUUGAGACGUCUCAAGACGGGCGCCUGAACGUGCAUGCUAGUUUUGAGACGUCUCAAGACGGGCGCCUGAACGUGCAUGCUAGUUUUGAGACGUCUCAAGACGGGCGCCUGAACGUGCAUGCUAGUUUUGAGACGUCUCAAGACGGGCGCCUGAACGUGCAUGCUAGUUUUGAGACGUCUCAAGACGGGCGCCUGAACGUGCAUGCUAGUUUUGAGACGUCUCAAGACGGGCGCCUGAACGUGCAUGCUAGUUUUGAGACGUCUCAAGACGGGCGCCUGAACGUGCAUGCUAGUUUUGAGACGUCUCAAGACGGGCGCCUGAACGUGCAUGCUAGUUUUGAGACGUCUCAAGACGGGCGCCUGAACGUGCAUGCUAGUUUUGAGACGUCUCAAGACGGGCGCCUGAACGUGCAUGCUAGUUUUGAGACGUCUCAAGACGGGCGCCUGAACGUGCAUGCUAGUUUUGAGACGUCUCAAGACGGGCGCCUGAACGUGCAUGCUAGUUUUGAGACGUCUCAAGACGGGCGCCUGAACGUGCAUGCUAGUUUUGAGACGUCUCAAGACGGGCGCCUGAACGUGCAUGCUAGUUUUGAGACGUCUCAAGACGGGCGCCUGAACGUGCAUGCUAGUUUUGAGACGUCUCAAGACGGGCGCCUGAACGUGCAUGCUAGUUUUGAGACGUCUCAAGACGGGCGCCUGAACGUGCAUGCUAGUUUUGAGACGUCUCAAGACGGGCGCCUGAACGUGCAUGCUAGUUUUGAGACGUCUCAAGACGGGCGCCUGAACGUGCAUGCUAGUUUUGAGACGUCUCAAGACGGGCGCCUGAACGUGCAUGCUAGUUUUGAGACGUCUCAAGACGGGCGCCUGAACGUGCAUGCUAGUUUUGAGACGUCUCAAGACGGGCGCCUGAACGUGCAUGCUAGUUUUGAGACGUCUCAAGACGGGCGCCUGAACGUGCAUGCUAGUUUUGAGACGUCUCAAGACGGGCGCCUGAACGUGCAUGCUAGUUUUGAGACGUCUCAAGACGGGCGCCUGAACGUGCAUGCUAGUUUUGAGACGUCUCAAGACGGGCGCCUGAACGUGCAUGCUAGUUUUGAGACGUCUCAAGACGGGCGCCUGAACGUGCAUGCUAGUUUUGAGACGUCUCAAGACGGGCGCCUGAACGUGCAUGCUAGUUUUGAGACGUCUCAAGACGGGCGCCUGAACGUGCAUGCUAGUUUUGAGACGUCUCAAGACGGGCGCCUGAACGUGCAUGCUAGUUUUGAGACGUCUCAAGACGGGCGCCUGAACGUGCAUGCUAGUUUUGAGACGUCUCAAGACGGGCGCCUGAACGUGCAUGCUAGUUUUGAGACGUCUCAAGACGGGCGCCUGAACGUGCAUGCUAGUUUUGAGACGUCUCAAGACGGGCGCCUGAACGUGCAUGCUAGUUUUGAGACGUCUCAAGACGGGCGCCUGAACGUGCAUGCUAGUUUUGAGACGUCUCAAGACGGGCGCCUGAACGUGCAUGCUAGUUUUGAGACGUCUCAAGACGGGCGCCUGAACGUGCAUGCUAGUUUUGAGACGUCUCAAGACGGGCGCCUGAACGUGCAUGCUAGUUUUGAGACGUCUCAAGACGGGCGCCUGAACGUGCAUGCUAGUUUUGAGACGUCUCAAGACGGGCGCCUGAACGUGCAUGCUAGUUUUGAGACGUCUCAAGACGGGCGCCUGAACGUGCAUGCUAGUUUUGAGACGUCUCAAGACGGGCGCCUGAACGUGCAUGCUAGUUUUGAGACGUCUCAAGACGGGCGCCUGAACGUGCAUGCUAGUUUUGAGACGUCUCAAGACGGGCGCCUGAACGUGCAUGCUAGUUUUGAGACGUCUCAAGACGGGCGCCUGAACGUGCAUGCUAGUUUUGAGACGUCUCAAGACGGGCGCCUGAACGUGCAUGCUAGUUUUGAGACGUCUCAAGACGGGCGCCUGAACGUGCAUGCUAGUUUUGAGACGUCUCAAGACGGGCGCCUGAACGUGCAUGCUAGUUUUGAGACGUCUCAAGACGGGCGCCUGAACGUGCAUGCUAGUUUUGAGACGUCUCAAGACGGGCGCCUGAACGUGCAUGCUAGUUUUGAGACGUCUCAAGACGGGCGCCUGAACGUGCAUGCUAGUUUUGAGACGUCUCAAGACGGGCGCCUGAACGUGCAUGCUAGUUUUGAGACGUCUCAAGACGGGCGCCUGAACGUGCAUGCUAGUUUUGAGACGUCUCAAGACGGGCGCCUGAACGUGCAUGCUAGUUUUGAGACGUCUCAAGACGGGCGCCUGAACGUGCAUGCUAGUUUUGAGACGUCUCAAGACGGGCGCCUGAACGUGCAUGCUAGUUUUGAGACGUCUCAAGACGGGCGCCUGAACGUGCAUGCUAGUUUUGAGACGUCUCAAGACGGGCGCCUGAACGUGCAUGCUAGUUUUGAGACGUCUCAAGACGGGCGCCUGAACGUGCAUGCUAGUUUUGAGACGUCUCAAGACGGGCGCCUGAACGUGCAUGCUAGUUUUGAGACGUCUCAAGACGGGCGCCUGAACGUGCAUGCUAGUUUUGAGACGUCUCAAGACGGGCGCCUGAACGUGCAUGCUAGUUUUGAGACGUCUCAAGACGGGCGCCUGAACGUGCAUGCUAGUUUUGAGACGUCUCAAGACGGGCGCCUGAACGUGCAUGCUAGUUUUGAGACGUCUCAAGACGGGCGCCUGAACGUGCAUGCUAGUUUUGAGACGUCUCAAGACGGGCGCCUGAACGUGCAUGCUAGUUUUGAGACGUCUCAAGACGGGCGCCUGAACGUGCAUGCUAGUUUUGAGACGUCUCAAGACGGGCGCCUGAACGUGCAUGCUAGUUUUGAGACGUCUCAAGACGGGCGCCUGAACGUGCAUGCUAGUUUUGAGACGUCUCAAGACGGGCGCCUGAACGUGCAUGCUAGUUUUGAGACGUCUCAAGACGGGCGCCUGAACGUGCAUGCUAGUUUUGAGACGUCUCAAGACGGGCGCCUGAACGUGCAUGCUAGUUUUGAGACGUCUCAAGACGGGCGCCUGAACGUGCAUGCUAGUUUUGAGACGUCUCAAGACGGGCGCCUGAACGUGCAUGCUAGUUUUGAGACGUCUCAAGACGGGCGCCUGAACGUGCAUGCUAGUUUUGAGACGUCUCAAGACGGGCGCCUGAACGUGCAUGCUAGUUUUGAGACGUCUCAAGACGGGCGCCUGAACGUGCAUGCUAGUUUUGAGACGUCUCAAGACGGGCGCCUGAACGUGCAUGCUAGUUUUGAGACGUCUCAAGACGGGCGCCUGAACGUGCAUGCUAGUUUUGAGACGUCUCAAGACGGGCGCCUGAACGUGCAUGCUAGUUUUGAGACGUCUCAAGACGGGCGCCUGAACGUGCAUGCUAGUUUUGAGACGUCUCAAGACGGGCGCCUGAACGUGCAUGCUAGUUUUGAGACGUCUCAAGACGGGCGCCUGAACGUGCAUGCUAGUUUUGAGACGUCUCAAGACGGGCGCCUGAACGUGCAUGCUAGUUUUGAGACGUCUCAAGACGGGCGCCUGAACGUGCAUGCUAGUUUUGAGACGUCUCAAGACGGGCGCCUGAACGUGCAUGCUAGUUUUGAGACGUCUCAAGACGGGCGCCUGAACGUGCAUGCUAGUUUUGAGACGUCUCAAGACGGGCGCCUGAACGUGCAUGCUAGUUUUGAGACGUCUCAAGACGGGCGCCUGAACGUGCAUGCUAGUUUUGAGACGUCUCAAGACGGGCGCCUGAACGUGCAUGCUAGUUUUGAGACGUCUCAAGACGGGCGCCUGAACGUGCAUGCUAGUUUUGAGACGUCUCAAGACGGGCGCCUGAACGUGCAUGCUAGUUUUGAGACGUCUCAAGACGGGCGCCUGAACGUGCAUGCUAGUUUUGAGACGUCUCAAGACGGGCGCCUGAACGUGCAUGCUAGUUUUGAGACGUCUCAAGACGGGCGCCUGAACGUGCAUGCUAGUUUUGAGACGUCUCAAGACGGGCGCCUGAACGUGCAUGCUAGUUUUGAGACGUCUCAAGACGGGCGCCUGAACGUGCAUGCUAGUUUUGAGACGUCUCAAGACGGGCGCCUGAACGUGCAUGCUAGUUUUGAGACGUCUCAAGACGGGCGCCUGAACGUGCAUGCUAGUUUUGAGACGUCUCAAGACGGGCGCCUGAACGUGCAUGCUAGUUUUGAGACGUCUCAAGACGGGCGCCUGAACGUGCAUGCUAGUUUUGAGACGUCUCAAGACGGGCGCCUGAACGUGCAUGCUAGUUUUGAGACGUCUCAAGACGGGCGCCUGAACGUGCAUGCUAGUUUUGAGACGUCUCAAGACGGGCGCCUGAACGUGCAUGCUAGUUUUGAGACGUCUCAAGACGGGCGCCUGAACGUGCAUGCUAGUUUUGAGACGUCUCAAGACGGGCGCCUGAACGUGCAUGCUAGUUUUGAGACUUUUGAGACGUCUCAAGACGGGCGCCUGAACGUGCAUGCUAGUUUUGAGACGUCUCAAGACGGGCGCCUGAACGUGCAUGCUAGUUUUGAGACGUCUCAAGACGGGCGCCUGAACGUGCAUGCUAGUUUUGAGACGUCUCAAGACGGGCGCCUGAACGUGCAUGCUAGUUUUGAGACGUCUCAAGACGGGCGCCUGAACGUGCAUGCUAGUUUUGAGACGUCUCAAGACGGGCGCCUGAACGUGCAUGCUAGUUUUGAGACGUCUCAAGACGGGCGCCUGAACGUGCAUGCUAGUUUUGAGACGUCUCAAGACGGGCGCCUGAACGUGCAUGCUAGUUUUGAGACGUCUCAAGACGGGCGCCUGAACGUGCAUGCUAGUUUUGAGACGUCUCAAGACGGGCGCCUGAACGUGCAUGCUAGUUUUGAGACGUCUCAAGACGGGCGCCUGAACGUGCAUGCUAGUUUUGAGACGUCUCAAGACGGGCGCCUGAACGUGCAUGCUAGUUUUGAGACGUCUCAAGACGGGCGCCUGAACGUGCAUGCUAGUUUUGAGACGUCUCAAGACGGGCGCCUGAACGUGCAUGCUAGUUUUGAGACGUCUCAAGACGGGCGCCUGAACGUGCAUGCUAGUUUUGAGACGUCUCAAGACGGGCGCCUGAACGUGCAUGCUAGUUUUGAGACGUCUCAAGACGGGCGCCUGAACGUGCAUGCUAGUUUUGAGACGUCUCAAGACGGGCGCCUGAACGUGCAUGCUAGUUUUGAGACGUCUCAAGACGGGCGCCUGAACGUGCAUGCUAGUUUUGAGACGUCUCAAGACGGGCGCCUGAACGUGCAUGCUAGUUUUGAGACGUCUCAAGACGGGCGCCUGAACGUGCAUGCUAGUUUUGAGACGUCUCAAGACGGGCGCCUGAACGUGCAUGCUAGUUUUGAGACGUCUCAAGACGGGCGCCUGAACGUGCAUGCUAGUUUUGAGACGUCUCAAGACGGGCGCCUGAACGUGCAUGCUAGUUUUGAGACGUCUCAAGACGGGCGCCUGAACGUGCAUGCUAGUUUUGAGACGUCUCAAGACGGGCGCCUGAACGUGCAUGCUAGUUUUGAGACGUCUCAAGACGGGCGCCUGAACGUGCAUGCUAGUUUUGAGACGUCUCAAGACGGGCGCCUGAACGUGCAUGCUAGUUUUGAGACGUCUCAAGACGGGCGCCUGAACGUGCAUGCUAGUUUUGAGACGUCUCAAGACGGGCGCCUGAACGUGCAUGCUAGUUUUGAGACGUCUCAAGACGGGCGCCUGAACGUGCAUGCUAGUUUUGAGACGUCUCAAGACGGGCGCCUGAACGUGCAUGCUAGUUUUGAGACGUCUCAAGACGGGCGCCUGAACGUGCAUGCUAGUUUUGAGACGUCUCAAGACGGGCGCCUGAACGUGCAUGCUAGUUUUGAGACGUCUCAAGACGGGCGCCUGAACGUGCAUGCUAGUUUUGAGACGUCUCAAGACGGGCGCCUGAACGUGCAUGCUAGUUUUGAGACGUCUCAAGACGGGCGCCUGAACGUGCAUGCUAGUUUUGAGACGUCUCAAGACGGGCGCCUGAACGUGCAUGCUAGUUUUGAGACGUCUCAAGACGGGCGCCUGAACGUGCAUGCUAGUUUUGAGACGUCUCAAGACGGGCGCCUGAACGUGCAUGCUAGUUUUGAGACGUCUCAAGACGGGCGCCUGAACGUGCAUGCUAGUUUUGAGACGUCUCAAGACGGGCGCCUGAACGUGCAUGCUAGUUUUGAGACGUCUCAAGACGGGCGCCUGAACGUGCAUGCUAGUUUUGAGACGUCUCAAGACGGGCGCCUGAACGUGCAUGCUAGUUUUGAGACGUCUCAAGACGGGCGCCUGAACGUGCAUGCUAGUUUUGAGACGUCUCAAGACGGGCGCCUGAACGUGCAUGCUAGUUUUGAGACGUCUCAAGACGGGCGCCUGAACGUGCAUGCUAGUUUUGAGACGUCUCAAGACGGGCGCCUGAACGUGCAUGCUAGUUUUGAGACGUCUCAAGACGGGCGCCUGAACGUGCAUGCUAGUUUUGAGACGUCUCAAGACGGGCGCCUGAACGUGCAUGCUAGUUUUGAGACGUCUCAAGACGGGCGCCUGAACGUGCAUGCUAGUUUUGAGACGUCUCAAGACGGGCGCCUGAACGUGCAUGCUAGUUUUGAGACGUCUCAAGACGGGCGCCUGAACGUGCAUGCUAGUUUUGAGACGUCUCAAGACGGGCGCCUGAACGUGCAUGCUAGUUUUGAGACGUCUCAAGACGGGCGCCUGAACGUGCAUGCUAGUUUUGAGACGUCUCAAGACGGGCGCCUGAACGUGCAUGCUAGUUUUGAGACGUCUCAAGACGGGCGCCUGAACGUGCAUGCUAGUUUUGAGACGUCUCAAGACGGGCGCCUGAACGUGCAUGCUAGUUUUGAGACGUCUCAAGACGGGCGCCUGAACGUGCAUGCUAGUUUUGAGACGUCUCAAGACGGGCGCCUGAACGUGCAUGCUAGUUUUGAGACGUCUCAAGACGGGCGCCUGAACGUGCAUGCUAGUUUUGAGACGUCUCAAGACGGGCGCCUGAACGUGCAUGCUAGUUUUGAGACGUCUCAAGACGGGCGCCUGAACGUGCAUGCUAGUUUUGAGACGUCUCAAGACGGGCGCCUGAACGUGCAUGCUAGUUUUGAGACGUCUCAAGACGGGCGCCUGAACGUGCAUGCUAGUUUUGAGACGUCUCAAGACGGGCGCCUGAACGUGCAUGCUAGUUUUGAGACGUCUCAAGACGGGCGCCUGAACGUGCAUGCUAGUUUUGAGACGUCUCAAGACGGGCGCCUGAACGUGCAUGCUAGUUUUGAGACGUCUCAAGACGGGCGCCUGAACGUGCAUGCUAGUUUUGAGACGUCUCAAGACGGGCGCCUGAACGUGCAUGCUAGUUUUGAGACGUCUCAAGACGGGCGCCUGAACGUGCAUGCUAGUUUUGAGACGUCUCAAGACGGGCGCCUGAACGUGCAUGCUAGUUUUGAGACGUCUCAAGACGGGCGCCUGAACGUGCAUGCUAGUUUUGAGACGUCUCAAGACGGGCGCCUGAACGUGCAUGCUAGUUUUGAGACGUCUCAAGACGGGCGCCUGAACGUGCAUGCUAGUUUUGAGACGUCUCAAGACGGGCGCCUGAACGUGCAUGCUAGUUUUGAGACGUCUCAAGACGGGCGCCUGAACGUGCAUGCUAGUUUUGAGACGUCUCAAGACGGGCGCCUGAACGUGCAUGCUAGUUUUGAGACGUCUCAAGACGGGCGCCUGAACGUGCAUGCUAGUUUUGAGACGUCUCAAGACGGGCGCCUGAACGUGCAUGCUAGUUUUGAGACGUCUCAAGACGGGCGCCUGAACGUGCAUGCUAGUUUUGAGACGUCUCAAGACGGGCGCCUGAACGUGCAUGCUAGUUUUGAGACGUCUCAAGACGGGCGCCUGAACGUGCAUGCUAGUUUUGAGACGUCUCAAGACGGGCGCCUGAACGUACUUCACCAUUCAGCAGCUGACGGAUCGCAGCGACGUGUUCAGCUUCGGGGUGGUGCUAAUGGGGCUGAUGCUGAUGCUGAUGCUGAUAAGGAAGUGCCAGAGCUGUGUGCCCUUUGUUCUGUGCAACCGAAUGUGGCCUGCCUUCUCCCUCCUCUCCCUCCCCCUCUUCUCUCCCGCAGGUACUUCACCAUCCAGCAGCUGACGGAUCGCAGCGACGUGUUCAGCUUCGGGGUGGUGCUGCUGGAGCUGAUCUCAGGCCAGCAGCCCAUCGACCUGAAUCGCCCGCAGCAGCACUGGAGCAUCAUUGAUUGGCUUCUUCUGCUCCUUUUUGUGUUCUGCUCGCUUCUCCUCCUCCUACCUUUGCCUUUUGCUAUCGGCUCUCUGCCCACCUUACUCCUUUUCGCGCUCAGCUUCCUCCUCCUCCUGUCUCAGCCGUUCCCUUUCAGCUCUCUGCUUCUCCUGCUCCUUUUCGCGCUCCGCACGCUCCUCUUUUCUCCGCCCUUCUGUUUCGUCCCUCUGCUUCCUUCUCCUGUUCGCGCUCCGCUCGCCCCCGCUCCUCCUGUCAGUGCCGUUCUGUUUUGGCCCUCUGCUUCUCCUGCUCUUUUUCGCGCUCCGCUCGCUGCUGCUCCUCCUGUCUCUGCCGUUCUGUUUCGGCCCUCUGCUUCUCCUGCUCUUUUUCGCGCUCCGCUCGCCGCUGCUCCUCCUGCGCGAGACCACUUGCAGCAGGGCAACAUACGGGCAGUGGCAGACCCCACCCUCCUCCCAAACGAGUGGGACGAAGAGGCCAUGUGGCGGGUGGCAGAAGUCGGCAUGGCGCGAGACCACUUGCAGCAGGGCGACAUUCCGGCAGUAGCAGACCCCACGCUCCUCACUGCCCCUCCCCCUCACCCACGCUCAUUCUCCCUGCCUGCUCUCUCCCCCCUCCUCCCCCCCCUCCCCUCUAUCCCAGGCGCGAGACCAUUUGCAACAGGGCAACAUUCGGGCAGUAGCAGACCCCACUCUACUCCCCCACGAGUGGGACGAAGAAGCCAUGUGGCGGGUGGCAGAAGUCGGCAUGGUGUGUGUCGAGCCCAAGUCACUGAACCGCCCUCCGAUCACCGAGGUGGUGGUUGA